UUAUAAACAGGGCGCUACUCAUCAGCUGAUUGAAGAGCUUAAUAAUGCAGUGUGGUGGUUCAGGUUACAGCUACAGCUGUAAACAUAUAUGUCAAACCAGUAGUUAAAAGACUGCCGUGAAGGUGGAAGACAAGGAGGCGUGUUCACGCCACCAUGUGAUCGGAAAUUACCCCUGCAGAGAAAGACAAAGUGCCGAAACAAGGGAAGCGGAGAGUUUGAGCGGGGUUCUUCAGGAUUCAAGGAGCUGCUUUUAUUCAGCAACACUUCCACAACUCGCUGCUUCGCUUCGUUUUCUUUUCACCACAGUCAAACCUAGCAAGCCACCUUAGUAAGCUAAGGGUCGUUCUGGGGUCAGACUGCUGAAAUGACAAAGCUGUGACGGUGGACAUCCAAGAGUCUUCCUGCUGGCCCAAAUCGAGUGACAUGGCUGCUGCAAAGAAGAGGUGUGCAAAGGUGGGAGGCGUCCGCUUCCCUGAGGAACUUCCCUCAGUCGGAGCCACGUCCCACGUUCACUUUGACGAAAAGCUGCAUGACUCUGUUGUCAUGGUGACCAUGGAAGAAGACGGCAACUUCAUGGUCAAGGUUGGCUUUCUGAAGACGCAGCAUCGCUAUGAGAUAGUGUUCACCCUGCCGGAGGUCCCAGCGGUGGGUAAAGAUGUGUGUCCGGCUCCUUUACCCAACCCACACCUCAAAAUCACCGACAUCUCAGCAGCACCAGAGGGAGGCCUGAAGAUAACGUGUGAGUACUUGGCCCUGCAGGAGGGGGUUCUCUGCGAGGAGGUGCUGCUGCUGAGCGAGACUAGCGACGACGUCUGCAUCAGGGUCAAAGUUCACGCCAGAGUCAUGGAUCGUCAUCACGGUACGCCCAUGCUGCUGGAGGGGGUUCGCUGUAUUGGCAUGGAGCUGGAGUACGACUCGGAGCAGAGCGACUGGCAGGGAUUCGACUGAACCUCAAGUCCUCAACGCCCAGAUGUACCUGCAGAAACACAAACACACUCAUCUGCCAUGUCAGAGGUUUACGCCCACCUUAAGGCUCAGAAACGUCACCUUCUAUAAGAAACAAAAUUAAAGCUUCCUUUCUGAUUUAGAGACGCAGAUUAGUGCGUAGCAGCAUCUUAGCCUGCAGCGGUCACCAUCCUGGCCUCGGUGUUUAAGGUCAGACCUUAAUACGGGAAUCAUUCCUCUGCUUUAACUGUGUCAGCAGCAGCAGCGUCAGAACAUUUUCCCACCUGUUCUUGUUGUAAACUGUGUUUUCCUUACUGAACCUGUAGAGGGCAGCAUUACCCUUCGAAUCAGCCUCCAAUCCUCAUCUGUUCUUCUUGUUCUCUAGUUCUUGCCACUCUUGGGUUUUUACUGUUAGGCGCACAUAAGGGCUCCUCCAUCAGCUAUAAAAAAAAACUUGAUUCUGAAUGAAGGAACAACUCUGACCUAUUCAGGAAAGUAUGAACACUGAGCUUAUAAUGUCUGUUUAAUCAUAAAAGGUAUACCACUGUAAGUAACACGGCUCCGGCCUGGCGACUUGUUUUCUACAGUUUAAAGGUUCCUGUAUCUGCAGGGGUUGUUUUUUUUUUUUUUUAUGUGAAAUGCAUUUUUACAUUCUGUAGCUGACAUUUCUGUUGUGGUCUCUCGGCUUUAACCUGCCCUCGUCAUUACUACUUCAGAGUAUUUUUGCUGCUUUUCCAUAGCGGCUGCUUAGGAGACCCUUAAAAAUGGGUCAGGGUAUUUUAGUGAGGUCAGACGAGGAAUGCAUGCACAGCAGCUGUAUUAAAGGAAAGAAAAAAAUGACACCUCAUUACGAGCUCUCCAGGUACAAGGCACAGAUCUGCAGCCAUGUUUCACUGUUUUCUGAGGUGGAUUUCGUACUUUAGUCAUCAUAAAGAGGUGAUGGUAGUAAGAACUAAGAUGUUUUUUUUCCCCUCAUACUACUAAAUCAUUCUUAGCUGUAUUCAUUCAUAUUUGAGUUCCCAAGUUUUACAAAAAUAAGUAAUUUAAAUGAGUUACAAUCAAAACAGAAAUGCACUGGGAAAGUAAUCAUUUUACUGUAUUAAAGUGAAUUAAAACUGAAUUGAGUUGUAGUUAUAAUGCCAAAUAUUCUAUGAAGAUGGAAGAAAUUUCAGUAGUUUUUUUUUUAAUGAAAUAUUUUUGUUUUGAUUGGUGUUUUCUCCUGUUGCUGCCCUUGUUGGAUCCAUCGAUCCUUUAACAAAUUCUUCCACAAUGUGAAUAAUCAGAUUUUCUAUUGUAAAACCUGUUCCAGACUAUUAAAGGGCACACGUCGCUUUUACAAUUUUCCGUCUCAAGUGUGGUCGGGCUUGUUGUUCAUGGUGCAUAGAUUUAUUUCCAGGUAUGAAAUUGAUUUAAAAAAAAAAUUUAAAACAGGAAGAAGGAGGCCUCAACUCAAAUUCAUGUUCGUUAAAACAAGACUAAUGUAUUUAUUUACCCAAGGGAAAAGUCAGGAGGACCAACAAAACCAGUUUAACGGCUCUGUCGAGAGUCCAAUCAGUAAUUCGCUACAGUAGUGAAUGUCGUCUGGCGACAUAAACCCUUAUUUUCAAAUAUUUUCAUUCUGCCAGCAUUCGGGUAAAUGUAAUUUCUGCUCCAGUUCUGACCAGCAUUAUUGUUUCCAAUUUAAAUUAAAAGUUCUAUUCUUGAGGCCGUUUUUUGAGUCAAGAACGCAUGAUUAUCCACUUUUUAAAUUUUUUUUAAAAAAUGACGAAAUGUGAUUUCUGUGUCUUGUGUUUUUCUGGCUGUAAAAUCUGACAUGUGCCCUUUAAUUAAGACUGGAACAUCUUCAAAGCCUUUAGAAACACUCAUGUAACAAAAAAGUGCCUUUCAAUUCUCUGUCCAUUCUCCCUUUUGUUUUAUUACUUCUCGUUAGCUCUCCUCUUUAACUCUCGGACAGGGACGCGGUACAUUCCUGACACGCCAAUGAAUAAAACAUGUUUUGGAUUUAAAAAAAUAAAGGAACAAUCUGAAUAUUUUUGCCUUCGUCGUCCAGAACGCUGCCUGUAAACCAACCACUCAGGCUUCCACCCAUCUGUGUUUGAUCCCUCACAUCAGUGCUUACAGAUCAAGUGCCAUGAUCACACAUCUCACGUAGAUCCUUUAAACCUUUUCUACUCUUAACCUGUUAUUUUUCCUGAAUGUAAUCAGCCUUUCAAAAUAAAACAAAACAAUCCGCAGUUUCCUCUCUUUGUUCUACCACAAACUGUAGACUUAAUGGAUCUUUUCUCGAGCACAAUAGGUCAAUGUUCUCUGUUGGUGUAAAAGCAAGAAGCUAGAGUAGUUUUUCAUGAAUGUAGUGCUUUUAAUGUGUGGAGACCUGCUUCCCCCGCGGGUGGAAUAUGUAUGUUUUAAUGUCAAAAGCAGAAUAAACAAGCGAGCCUGUUUGA